AAUCAACGCCAGGAAAUGCAGACACAUGGUGGGACGAAAGAUCAGGAAGAAGGCACAACACCUUUACAGUGCCCUAUAUGUCCACAGAAAUUCGCAAAACUCCAGCAUCUUAAACGGCAUGCAUCGACUCACGUUGAUGAAAAGCCGUAUCCCUGCGAGUUCUGUGGGUCCGAGUAUAAGCGCAGCGACGCUCUUCGCCGGCAUUGGAAGACAUGCACUGCCCGGGUGGCAUCCGGCAAUCAAAUCCCGAAACGUAGUAUAUCGGGAAAGAGAAAACAAGCAUGCGAUCGCUGUGCAGAGCGUAAAAGAGCCUGCAACCAAGGCGAUCCUUGUGGCGAAUGUGCUCUUCAAGAGGUUGAAUGCAGAUACGAUCGCACCAAGAGGCAAAACACAGGGGCUUCUGGAAGAGCGGUUUACUUCGACGAAACUGUCGACUCACCUGGUGAAACCUCCAGAUUGAGCGACAAAAUUGGGUUUAUUCUUUCCAGUCGGCGCAAGUUUCAGUUCCUGUUGAAGUUCACCCACGCGUCUGGGAUUAACCAGGGGUAUAAUUGCAAUCGUUCAUUCAUGACGAGCUGGACACCAUUGAAUGAAAAUGUCACCGCGUCAAAUCCGUGGAAUUAUCUCCUUGACGAGAUUCCAUCAUGGCCAGAGGGGAACGAAUCGCUGGCAGCAUUUGACAGCCUGUCUAGUACUCGACCUGAAGAUGAUGCUCUAAAUCUCCAGUGCAGUCGCAUCUGGGACAUGUUUCUUCCAUUAUGUGAUGAAACAUCUGUCGCAAUGACUACUGUGGUGUCUUUCUUCUCCAAAGAAAACAUCCUCCGCCUUCUGGAUAUCUUCUGGAACCGAUGGUAUCCCCACUGCCCAUUUAUGCACAAACCGACAUUCGAUGUUCGAAGCUGUCCUGCGAUACUACUCAUGACAAUGGUUCUUAUGGGAGGCUGUACUUCUUCGGCAAACGCUGACUCUAUAAUGGCGAGAUCGCUUCUGGAUAUUGCAGAAGGGAUUAUCUUUUCGCAGCCGAUGCUUUCAAUGAAUGCAACAGCUUCUGGUGACGAAAAUAUUGUCGCUAUUCCGCUACUACAAGCGACGUAUAUGAUCUGUAUUAUACAGAAAUGGGAAGGAAACGAUGAGUCAAAAAUCCGCAUCCAGCGAGAUCGAUUUACGAGAUUUGUUUCGGCAACCAGAGCAAUGGGACUAUCAGGAGCAACACACGGCCAUUCAACUCUUCCUCCAGACUUUGACGACAUGCAAUGGCGUGCGUGGAUUCAGAAAGAAGAAGCCAUUCGGACCUUUAACUACGUCUUCCUGCUCGAUUCCGCAUUUGUGAUAUUCCACAAUUCCGUGCCCCGGAUGGUACUGCAAGAGAUGGAGAUCGAUCUAACCUGUCCUGAAUCCUGGUUUCAGGCAUCAUCUCCUGGUAACUUUAUAUCUGCUGUCCACUCCAAUCCAGGGAUAUCAGACAAGUCUAUAUCCCUCGUGGACUCUGUCCGUCGCUUGUGCACCGACGACCCGAAUCAGGAUAUAUACUUUCUAGAUGGUGCCAGCAAGUUGAAUUUCUUUACAAUUGCAACCGCACUCCAUGGUCUUAUAUUCCAUCAGAAAUCCGCUUUAUACAUCCUCCCCUUCGCCGCAAACCCACUCAACAAAGCACUCGACCGAUGGGAAGUGGCAUGGCAGUCGAAUCGACAUUCAUCGCACGAAGAAACUGGUUUUAUGCAACACGCAGACGAAUUUGCCAUCCUAGCUCGUAUCCAUCUCGAGCUAUCCUAUCUCUCACCGAAAGAGUGGACUGAAUUUCUUGGACGGCCUUCUGAGGAUUCUCGCGGACGUGCGGGUGCAUUCGCCACAUUCGACCAGGCAGGAAUGAGCCAGGUUGGAGAUCUGAUGUUGGCUGUUGAAAAGCUGAAUUUGAAUUCAUAAUUCAUGAAACACAACUUAUUAGGAGAUAUUUUGUAGCAUCACUCAUAGAUAUGGCCGUCCUUGGGGGUCUCGACCUCGACACUCGAGAAUGCGCAGUGACCGACCUCUCCGCCAUAAAAGGGGACAACCCCCCCAUUGGAGAGGAAGAGUUUCCACUGGCUGGCUCUUAUGUAGUAACACCUGACUAUCAGAAUCAUUCCUCGGGGCACUUU